AUGUUCCAUCAGCACGAGUGGCUUUCCACACUUCAUCAAGUGACGCCCAGAACUGCCCAGUGCCCAGAACCAUCCAUGGCCUAUUCAGUACAACCUCUCCUAGCCAGACAGCUGGGCAAAACUGCCCCGUAUUUGGACGAAACUGCCCUGCCCUUGUACUGGGAAAAGGCACAGUUAGAGGAGGAGAAGAGACGUGAGGCAGUCGCACCCCCACGAAUCGAGCUGCUCCAAAUGUAUGACUCCGACGAGGAGGAGUCUCGGGUGGGGCCGGUGUCCUGCGAAGUUUCCGUGCCGGAGGUCCUGGACGAGCCUGCAGAAGCUCUUUGCAAAACAGCAGGGGUGGAUGAAUUGGUUGAGUUUUUCAGCCGUUGCCAUAUGGUCACGCCGAGCUUUGCCUUCAAGCCUUGGAGGGCAUCUCUAUCAGGAGACUUCUCGAAUGUCCACAAGGCUUUAACGGAACACUUCCUGGAUAUGUUAAAAGAAAUUGUCAACAAUGCCGACAAUGCCUGUGACCGGAACGAGAUGGACAAAGAUGCGGUGAAGAGCAAGAUCUUCCUACAGUUCUUCCCACAGGCUCGUGCAGAGGAGGAAUGGCAGAAAGAUGCCGUCGAGGAGGCUCGUGCAGAAGAGGAAUUGUCUGAACAGAAAGAUGCUGUCGAGGAGGCUCGCGCAGAAGAUGAAGUGCCUGAACAGAAAGAUACUAGUACCGUCGAGGCUCCUGCAACAGAGGAAGCACCCGAAGAGAAAGAUGCCAUGGAGGACCAGACCAAGAGCAGGGAAGAGCAAGCGAAGAUGGACAGCAGCGAAGAGAGAGAGGACGACAGCGAUGCAGAGAAGGAGAAGCCUGACAGCGACAAAGAAGAGGAAGCACCUGAGCAGGGCCAUGCCGUUGAGGAUGAAGACCAGAGCCAGGAAGAGAAAGCAACGAAGCAUGGCAGUGAUGAGAAAGAAGACGACAGUGAUGUGCAGCAGGCAGUGCAAGAGGUUUCUGACAGCGACAACGAAGAGGAAGCACCCGAAAAGCAAGCUGCCAUCGAGGCUCCUGCAGAAGAGGAAACACCUGAAGAGAAAGAGGCCGUCGAGGACGAGACCAAGAGCCAGGGAGAGCAAGCGAAGAUUGACAGCAGCGAAGAGAGAGAGGACGACAGCGAUGCAGAGAAGGAGAAGCCUGACAGCGACAAAGAAGAGGAAGCACCUGAGCAGGGCGAUGCCGUUGAGGCAUGUGAAGACGAGGAGGUUUCUGCUCCAUUUGAAGAAGAGUCCGGCGAGGAAGUGUCGGCAGAACUGGAGGAUGAGUCUGACGAGGCAGAGCAGAGCCAAUCGAGAAGCAGGAAGCGCAAGCGCGGUGGUAGCUUUGACAGCGGUGGCAAGAAGGCUGCAAAAGAGAAGAAGGAUAGCAGUGAAAACGAGAAGGCCAGCAGUGCCAGCAGUGCGCAGACCUGUGAGGAAGAAGAGGCACUCCAGGCGGCGUGUGCAGAAGCAGAGGAGAGCGCUCGACUAGCAGAGGAAGCGCGGCGAAGACGAGAGGAAGAAGCGGCUCGGGAAAAGGCUCGUGCAGAAGCGGAGGAGGCAGCCGCGGAGAAGCGCAGACAGGAGGAAAAAGCUGCGCUCGAGAAAUCCAAGGCGGAGGCGGAGGAAAGGGCACGACUAGAGGAGGAGAAGAGACGCAAGGAGAGCGCUCGACUAGCAGAGGAAGCGCGGCGAAGACGAGAGGAAGAAGCGGCUCGGGAAAAGGUUCGUGCAGAAGCGGCGGAGGCAGCCGCGGAGAAGCGCAGACAGGAGGAAAAAGCUGCGCUCGAGAAAUCCAAAGCGGAAGCGGAGGAAAGGGCACGACUAGAGGAGGAGAAGAGACGCAAGGAGAGCGCUCGACUAGCAGAGGAAGCGCGGCGAAGACGAGAGGAAGAAGCGGCUCGGGAAAAGGCUCGUGCAGAAGCGGCGGAGGAAAAAGCUGCGCUCGAGAAAUCCAAAGCGGAAGCGGAGGAAAGGGCACGGCUAGAGGAGGAGAAGAGACGCAAGGAAGAAGCGGCUCGGGAAAAGGCUCGUGAAGAAGCGGAGGAGGCAGCCGCGGAGAAGCGCAGACAGGAGGAAAAAGCUGCGCUCGAGAAAUCCAAGGCGGAGGCGGAGGAAAGGGCACGACUAGAGGAGGAGAAGAGACGCAAGGCCGUCGCAGAGAAGCGCAGACAGGAGGAGGAGCCAUCUGCGGACGACUGCGCCGUGGAUGUUGCAGGGCAGUCGCUCCAGGCUGACAAGAUCGAGGUGUUCCAAGCCGCCCACCAGGUGCUCCUAAAGAUUCAGAGCAUCAAGAAAAGAGCAAGUGAGGGCCUGCAGUUCAAAGCUGAGACGGAGCCCACCAAGGCAAAACCGAGGGACGACAUGCCCAUGGAGGAGGAGGAGCAAGAGCAGGCGGAGGUGAAGGACGAGGCGAAGCAGGAGCCCAAGGUCAAGGAUGAGCUGAAGGAAGAGGAGGAGGCACAGGAAGAGGCACAGGAAGAAGCUGUGCUCGAGACAUCCAAAGCUAAGGAGGAUGACGGGGAGGAUUGGGCGCGACUUGAGGCGAAGAGGCGACGCAAGGAAGCCGAAGCAGAAACGGGGUUGCCAGCGCCCACCUCAAAGGCACCCUCUGAGGACAAGAAGCUUCCUCCGAAGCGCAAGGCAGCUCCUCCGAUCUUGCAUCAGCGGCAUCCUGCGCCCAAGCGGAUGCCGCUACGUCGCGCUGGAGUCCCGCAGCAUGAUUACACACAGCUUCCGAACGUGCCGGAGUGGCUGAAGCAGAAGGAAAACAAGGCAUAUGAGCAAUAUGCUUUGAAUCCGCCACCGGGCCACCGCCCCCACGAGGAGGGAUGGAGAUGGAGAGCUCGACGAGUGUAUGAGCUCGGUCCGGUGUGUGAGGAAGGGGAUCCGUACAAGGAGACCUUGGAGGACAGAAUGUUUGUUAGCCCUGUGCGUCGACUACUCCUGGACUUACGCUCCCGUGCAGCGUGUGAAAGUGGUGGGGAAUUGCCCGCAAAGGUUCCGGACAAGAUAUUUUCUCAUCUGUCAACAGUCUUCCAGGCUGCCAAGUUCGUAUUCCCCAUGUUGAGCUCCGAAAUGAGGAGGACCAUGGUCACUCAGAUCUGGGAGACGGUUCUGCACGUGGAGGACAUGUUUAGAGACCCAAAGUUCAACCGUCAGGCAGCCCAAAGCUUGAAGGUCUUCAUUGCAGGAGACCUCACCGACGUAUUGCCUGACAGGCCACAAGUUGCCCAGGUUGCCCAGGUUUCCCCGGUGGCGAGGAAUGAAGAGACUGAAAAUGCAACUCCUCCGCAAAAGCGUCGAAGGCGCCGCGAAACUCGCGAAUAUGAUGCCGAAGUUCCUGUCGAUGAAGUUGAGUUUUCGCAAGACACCAUUGGCGAAAGAUUCACCUGCGGUCGCAAGUUGCAGACGACCAUCGAAGAUCUUUACACCGGUCAGGCCAAUCCAAAGACCAGCCCAUUCCUGAAGUUGCAAGCGAUGAAAGUCAGCGGCAAGCUCAUAUGCCGCAACAACCGCCGCCUCUGGUGCUUAAAGGAAUACCAGAAAACGCGGCGACGAACUUCGAAGAAGUUCACCGUGAAAGUCAAGCUGCGCGUGACUGUCGAGAAGGAUCCGAACAUCGAGGAGUUCAUCCACGCACGAAAAAGCGAGAGGAGUAGGCCUGCACACAAGGAGGCAUCAGAGGACAGUGAAGAGUCCUCGCAGAGGGCGGCGAGCCCUGUGAGUCGCAAGAGGAGCUCACCCCGAUUUUCAAGGCGAAGCUGA